GUGAAUCUCCGGCUCUCACACACUUCGCCAGACUUCCAGGAGUUGGAGCGACUGGUCGAAGAGGGAACACCGACAACGUUUUUUUUUUUUGUUUUGUUUGUUUUCCUUUUAGAAUAAGAAACCUCUCAUCCUCCUCCCCGCAUGGAUCUGCUUUCCUCUCCGGAGGGACUUCAAGGAGCUGCGAUGGUUUGCGUUGCUGGGAAUUCUGGGGACUCGUACCGGAGAGAAAGGGCGCUCGUCCUCUACGCUGCAAAGUUGUAAAAGUAGUUUCCCUUGAAGUUUUUUUUGGUAGUUUUUCCGCCACCAGCUCAGACUCGGUGUUUCUCCCGGCCACCAUGGCGAGGCGGACAGCGGAGAAACCUCUGCUUUUGACGCCGAAUACGCGCGCUGCUUUCCGGGAUAAACACCUUCGCUUUCGCGGGGGCUUGUUGGCGUUUUGGUGGAGCUUCGUGUUCGUGUGCUCGGCUCUUUCUUGUGGAUAUUGCGGAGCCGAGACGGAGUUUUCCAUCCUGGAAGAGGCGCAAGUUUUGGCGGAGCAGAUGAAAAAGCUGUCCUCUCAGGAGCUGGGAGUCUUCACCAUGCAGAGGAUUUUCAACUCGUUUGUGUACACCGAGAAGACCUCAAACGGAGAGACCGAAGUGCAGCAGUUGGCAAAGAAGAUCCGGGAGAAGUUCAACCGCUACCUGGAUGUGGUGAACAGGAACAAGCAGGUGGUGGAGGCGUCGUACACCGCCCACCUCACCUCACCACUCACUGCAAUACAGGACUGCUGCUCCAUACCAGCAUCCAUGAUGGAGUUUGAUGGAAACUUCAAUACCAACGUCUCUAAGACCAUCUGCUGUGACAGACUUUCCCCCACCGUCAACAGCCGAGCUUUCAACCCCGGACGAGACCUCAACUCAGUGUUGGCAGACAACCUGAAGUCCAACCCUGGGAUAAAGUGGCAGUACUUCAGCUCAGAGGAGGGCAUCUUCACUGUCUUCCCCGCCCACAAGUUCCACUGUAAAGGAAACUACGAGCACCGCAGCAGGCCUGUGUACGUCGCUGCAGUGCGUCCGCAGUCAAAACACAUCGUGGUGAUGGUUGACCACGGAGCGUCUGUGACUGACACACAGCUUCAGAUCGCCAGGGACUCUGCACUGGUCAUUCUUAAUGCCAUAGAUGAACAUGACAAGAUCUCCAUUUUGUCUGUGGCAGAGACAGUUCGCUCCUGCUCUCUAGACCAAUGCUAUAAGAGUCUGCUGUCUCCGGCCACCAGCGAGACCAAGAGGAAGAUGAGCACCUUUAUCUCCAACAUCAAGGCCUCUGAUGGAGCCACACAGCAUGCUGCAGGCUUCCAGAAGGCCUUCCAGCUGCUGCGAAACACCAGCAGCAUCAGCAAACAGAGCAUGACCACAGACAUGGUGAUCAUCUACCUGUCAUCCGGUAUCACGUCUCGAGAGUCUUCGGAGCAGGAGAAGAGAGCCACGCUGAGUGUGGUCAGGGAGGAGAACCGACACCUCAACAACUCAGUCAUGAUCCUCACCUACGCUCUCAUGAAUGAGGGAGUUACAGGCCUGAAGGAGCUGGCCUUCCUGAGGGACCUUGCAGAGCAGAAUUCAGUGAAGUACGGCGUCGACCGAAUGUCCGACCGAGAUCGAUCCUCGGUGGCGUCCUCGUCUGGAUCAGCAGGAGUUUCCAUGAUGCCGGUGGUGAAGGGUAGCAUGAUGGUGCUGAACCAACUGAGCAACCUGGAGACAACAGUGGGACGCUUUUACAUCAACCUGCCCAACCGUAUGAUAGACCUGGCCCGCUUCAGCCUGCCCUACGCUGACCCCAUGGGAGAUGGGUUUAUUAUGACUGUGAGCCGGCCGUGUUAUUUUGGCAACCUUCUCCUGGGCGUGGUCGGCGUGGAUGUGAACUUGGCCUACAUCUUGGAGGACGUCACCUACUAUCAGGACUCUCUGGCUUCAUACACCUUCCUUAUUGACAACAAAGGUUACACCCUGAUGCAUCCUUCCCUAACACGGCCCUACCUCAUGACAGAGCCUCCCCUGCACACAGAUAUCAUCCACUAUGAGAACAUCCCAGGAUUCCCUGCUGUCCGACAGAACAUCCUCAGCCUCCCUUUGGGCAGCCAAGUCAUCGCUGUGCCAGUGAACUCCUCUCUGUCAUGGCAUACCAACCGACUCAGGGACAACAGCAAAGAUGCAUAUAAUGUCAGCUAUGCCUGGAAACUGGUUCAAGACACAUCUUUCAUCCUGUGCAUUGUUUACGUGCAGCCAGAGAUCCCAGUGAAGCAGCUGAAGAACCUGAACACAGCACCCAGCUCCAAGCUGCUGUACCACCGUCUAGACCUGCUGGGCCAGCCCAGCUCCUGCCUGCACUUCAAACAACUCGCCACUGUCGAGUCCCCCACCGUGAUGUUGGCAGCUGGUAGUUUCUCUUCUCCCUAUGAGCACCUCAGUCAGCCAGAAACAAAGCGUAUGGUGGAACAUUACACUGCCUACCUGAGUGAUAACACCAGGCUCAUAGCCAACCCAGGCCUCAAGUCCUCUGUCAGGAACGAGGUUAUGGCAACCAGUCAUGUCACGGAUGAGUGGAUGACACUAAUGGAAAUGAGUAGCCUCAACUGCUACAUUGUGCGCCGUUACAUAGCAACGCCCAGUGGGGUGCUCCGGAUUUACCCAGGAUCACUGAUGGACAAAGCCUUCGACCCGACCCGCAGACAAUGGUACCAGCAUGCUGUGGCUAACCCCGGCCUCAUCACCUUCACGGGUCCAUACCUGGAUGUGGGCGGGGCAGGCUAUGUUGUCACCAUCAGCCACACCAUCCACGCCUCCAGCUCUCAGAUGGCCCCUGGAUAUGCUGUUGCAGUGAUGGGUAUUGACUUCACACUUCGCUACUUCUAUAAGGUCCUGUUGGACUUGUUGCCCAUCUGCAACCAGGACAAAGGCAACAAGAUCAGGUGCUUUAUAAUGGAAGACAGAGGCUACCUGGUCGCUCACCCGACUCUCAUUGACCCCAAAGGUCAUGCCCCUGCAGAGCAGCAACACAUCACACACAAGGAGCCUCUAGUGGCCAAUGACAUCCUGAACCACCCCAACUUUGUGAAGAAAAACCUUUGCAACAGCUUCAGUGACCGCACAGUGCAGCGCUUCUACAAGUUCAACACUAGCAUAGUGGGAGAUCUCACCAACCUGGUCCAUGGUAGCCAUUGUUCCAAAUACCGCCUGACCAGAAUCCCUGGCACCAACGCCUUUGCUGGUAUUGUCAACGAGACGUGUGAUUCUCUGGCAUUCUGCGCCUGUAGCACGGUGGACCGGCUCUGUCUCAACUGCCACAGAAUGGAGCAGAAUGAGUGUGAGUGUCCGUGUGAGUGCCCUCUCGAGGUCAACGAGUGCACAGGCAACCUCACCAAUGCUGAGAACAGGAACCCCAGCUGUGAGGUGCAUCAAGAGCCAGUCAGUCUGAAUGUGAUUGAUCCCAGUUUGCAUGACACCCUGCCCCAGUGUAUCAACACCCGCUGUAGCCAGAGAUACACCAGCAGUGACUGUUUCGGUGUUUUGGACUGCGAAUGGUGCAUGGUGGACAGUGAUGGUAAGACUCACCUCGACAAGCCGUACUGUGCCCUGCAGAAGGAGUGUUUUGGGGGCAUCGUGGGUGCCAAGAGUCCCUAUGCAGAUGGCCUAGGACUUCUAGAUGAGGAGGUGGCAUCUUUGAACAUGAUCAAGAGCGCCCCUGUGGGUCCAGUCGCUGGGGGCAUUAUGGGAUGCAUCAUGGUGUUGGUGCUGGCUGUCUAUGCAUACAGACAUCAGAUCCACAGGCGUUCACACCAGCACAUGUCACCACUGGCCGCUCAGGAAAUGUCAGUGAGAAUGUCCAACCUUGACAAUGAAAGAGAUGAGAGGGAUGAAGACAGUCAUGAAGACAGAGGAAUCAUCAGUAACACCAGAUUUAUAGCAGCGGUGAUCGAGAGACACACUCACACUCCUGAACGGAGACGGAGGUACUGGGGGCGAUCCGGGACGGAGAGUGAUCACGGCUACAGCACCAUGAGUCCACAGGAGGACAGCGAGAACCCACCCGGAAACAACGACCCGCUCUCGGCCGGUGUUGACGUCGGUAACCAUGACGACGACCUGGACCUGGACACGCCUCCCCAGACGGCCGCGUUGCUCAGCCACAAGUUCCACCCCUACCGGCACACGCACACACACCACCACCCGCUGCACACGCACACACACCACCUGCAGGCCGCGGUGACGGUGCACAGUGUGGACGCAGAAUGCUGAUCCGCCCCCCUGCCAGGGAUGGAACCGUUUUUAUAAGGAAGACUAUUAAAAAAAACAAAAAAACAACAACAACAACAUUUGUGCUCGAUUAGACAGCACACAGUGGGUACUGUCAGGAUGGAUGGAUGGAUGUAUGGAGGGAGACACCACAGCUGUGUCCUUUGGCCGCCGGGACUUUUGGCCUGAUUGGAUGAUGCAUCAUGAUGUCAAAGUGCCAACAUCUCAAUCUGAGCCCCUCUUUUAUUCAACCCAAUUUAAAGUCUGGCAGGUGUACACAGUUUUAUAUACACACUGAAAAUGACCAGACCUGGACCAGUACAUAACAUCAAAUGGGUUUUUCAGUUUAGCUUUUUCCUGAAAGAAUUUAGCAUUCAGGACUCAAAAGCGAGCACAAACAACAGCCUUCAGGAACAAACAAAACACUGUUUGAGGCCAUUUAUUGGCUUUCAUCGGGGACAGAUCACAAGUGGGACCUAAAAGCCUUGAGGGAGGACAAAGUUCUUCAUUUUUCAUCAUUCUUCAGGUCCAGUGGAUAAUUAAAUUAACUGUGGAGCCCGAUGUGACCCCUCUUGACUAGUACUCCAUCUGAAACUCACUUGUAUUGAGGCAGGAGGGGAACAGAACACUCCUUACGUUUGUUUAAAAAAAAAAAAACAAACAAAAAAAAAAAAAAAACGGACAUUUCUGGUGAAGAGGAAAAAUACUGUAUUUUCAACAGAGAACUGGAUCUAGUGGGAUUCUAACAUGGCUUCUAUUUCCAGUUUGCUCUCCUUGGUUCAGCAGAUAGAUGCUCCAGGGUUGGUUUUCUCUGAUAGUCGCUGCCUUUAGCCAGCUGUUGGUCUUACACAACAUGGUGUGGGAAGAUAUGUGGACAUUUUCCUGAAUGUUUGUGAACUUCAAAGUAGGAGAAAAAAGCGUCAAUGAUUCACAGAAAUACAGAAAGAAACAUUUUAAAGAGGAAAAUAUUAUUUUUCUACUAUUUAUUAAAGAGGUAGAUUUUCAAGACGGCUGAGAAAGCAGCUGCCGCUAACAAAACAAGUCAGCAGUCAGGAUAUGUACCGGCCCACUUCCUGCAACCAGUGCAUCAUAUUAGGGCUCAUUAUUUUCAGUUUUUAUUUUCCAAAAACAUCUGUGAAUUGUUGUUGGUUUUGACUUUCAAGAACAUCAGUAACACAACAGACUAUGUGAAUUUUCUUUUCCUUUUUCUCCUCAGACUGAGGGACUUUGGUGCAUAAUCAGCAGCUCAUUUGCAUUGUCUUUCAAAUUUAGUUUUUGCUUUCUGUCACCAGGAACAUAUUCUUAGCUGUCCUCUCUUUCAGAGGAUUCCAUUUACUACUGUAGAAACUCAGUGGUCAGUUUAUUAGCUACACCUGUCCAGUCAGUGAGAUCUAAUACAGCAGUCCUGCCGUAAAGUCUACCUCUAUAAGACCCAUAACUUAAAUGGUUUUGACUCUGACAUAGUCGUAUUAAUUUUGUUAUAUGUUUCAGCACUGAAAUUAUAGUUGCAUCUUCCCCUAAUGUAUAUAAAUAGGACUGACAAUGAAUUAGAAACAUAUUCAUUAUAGUGUAGACUGAUACAACAUUAUCUUUAACUAUGACUUUUAUUUUAUACACUUUCUGACAGUUUCACCAAUUUUAAAGGUGGAUGUUAUGGCAGGAAUGUUGUAGAUUACAUUAUAUUGUACAGAUAUUCCUAAUAAAAUGGCCACUGAAUGUAUAGUUUGAUAAGCAGUACCUUCUUUAAGAAAGAGACAUUUUUUUAAUGAGUAGUGAUCUAAAUCUAAGACGAAAUCAGAUCUGCUCCUCUCAAAAAUUAAUUCAGGUGUUUCUCACUGAAUAUCUGGAAAGAUUGAAAACAACAAGCCUUAAUCAUGUCCUUUUCAGAGCAGUUUAAAGGAUACAGUUUUCGCAUUUAGCACAUUUUUCUGUCUGUUUUUCACCGAGGUUUGCGUAAUCAUGUGAGCUAAAACUUGCCGUCGAAAACAUCCUCAUUCUGGACGUGUCCUGUGCAUGAGGAGGCAGAACUUCUGUGCUCACCGGCCUUUUUCAGCCUCCUGGGAAUGGACGAGGAAAGACAGAAACCAACACCAGCAAAACAUUCCUGGCUUUAGUCACUGCUUGGGAUUUGUUGUGUGAGGAUAACUGGGGACCGGCACAGAGGUCCUGAGAGAUUCACAGACACUGAGUGCUGUCCUCUGGAUCUGCCUGAGCAGAAAAACCAGUACAGAUUGUUUUCACUUUCACGCUGUUUUAUGACAACCUUUCGCCUCUGAGGCCAAGCUGAGAUACUGUAUGUGUGGUGAGGUUGUGCGCUGGAGUUUGUACAAAGCAAGUUGCAUUUCCAGUGAUGCCCAAGAUGGAGUCUCCUCCUCAUCAAAGAGAGCGAAAGAGGUCGAGAUGCUGCUGAUGUUGUACAGAGGUUACACCCAUCUGUCGGCUCCUCUGUGGUUAACCACUUAAAAUGUAUUUUCUACGUGUGUUUGGUUUAACUGGUGUGUGUGUGUGUGUGUGUGUGUGUGUGUGUGUGUGUGUGUGUGUGUGUGUGUGUGUGUGUGUGUGUGUGUGUGUGUGUGUGUGUGUGUGUGUGUGUGUGUGUGUGUGUGUGUGUGUGUGUGUGUGUGUGUGUGUGUGUGUGUGUGUGUGUGAGAGAGAGAGAGUGUGUGCGUGUGAUGAAAGUAAGAUUAUCCACCUGGAACAUUUUCAUUGAAUGCAUUAUUUUUCAAAAUAGUAUUAGAGAAUUAUAGGUGAAAUUAUUAUGAUUGAGAAAUCCACUUAUUUUUAUUCUGAUGAAGAGUCACUUGACCCGAUCUGUGCUUUGUGGGUUUGAUUGUUCAGCUGGUCAAAUCACAUCAGUGUGGCAUCCAUGUUUUGGUUUUUUUUUUUGUUUGUUUUUUUUCUGGGUGCCAAAUUCUCUAUUGUUCUCCAGAGAUUCAUUAUGAAAUGUAAAUACUGACUCACAAAUAGCUAUCAUGUCCUGUACACUCCAUGUUUUUUAAUGUCUGUAAGAUAUGAUGUAUGCUUCAAAUGAUGCUCAGAUAUUCGGGUUGAUAUUGAAUCGUCUGUUCAUGGUGUCUCGCUAUAUUUUUGAUGCCUUGGAUGUUUUUUUAGGUUUAUUCUUCUUUAGGUCCAUAUUGGAUGGAAGUCAGUGCUUGGAAAAAUUAAUACACACUUUUCUGUUUGAGAGGCUUCUAGUUUUUAAAGUUUUAUUGUGUCUUUGAAAAUGUUAAAGAAAGCUUAUCUCUCCUUAGAUUUGCAAAGUAACAGUACUACACCUUCUCACAGAGUAACGACCAAAACAACAGCCUUAUAGUGGAUUCAGGUUUACAUCUGUAAGCCGUGCAGUGGUUCUGUUGCUACUUGAGACUGUCAGCCGUUUUCAUUUACAGUCAUUUUAGUGUGUUUGACACUUUAGAAGAAUAUUUACAUUUGCACAUUCACUGUGAGCUCAUCGAACUUUCAUCUGCACACGCACUAAAUAAUAAGACAAAGCUGGGACAUUAAAACAUGCUGGUUUUGUGUUACUACAUGUUCCUCAAAGUACUACUAAAUGCAGUGGGUUGAAUAUUCCACACUAACCAGCAUCUCAUCAACACUGUCACACCAUUUUCUGUCCAUUAUUCACCUGCAGUAAUUCAUAACAAAAACAUACAAUGAUAUUUGAAAUAGUUUUGACUACUUCACAUGGUACGUAAUUUCGCUUCAGUUUGACAAUGAAGCAGUCUUGUAGCAUUUCAGAGCAAUCUUUCAAUCAAAUGCAGUCUGUAUGUGUGUCUGUGUGUGUGUGCUGGGACAGUUGAACAUUAACAAGUCUGUUUUAUUUUUCCUGGAGAGCUUUUAAACAGUAUUUACCAGCUGUUGUAAACAAGUAUAUAUGUGUGUAUACAGAACACUCUGAAUUGCAAUUAAUGUACUGAAGGAUCAUGUGUACGUCAUCCCCCCAUGUAUCAUAUAAAGUUAUCAAAUUGAGAUUUAUUGCAAUGUGAAUGUGAUAAAGUCCAUUUUACACUUAAA